GUAUUAAAAUUACUAGAUCAUCCCUACAUCAAUCCAUAUCUUGGAUGGACGGUGAUUCAAAACGAAGGGCAGGUGUAUACAUUUUAUUGCAAUGGAGGAAAUAUGCGAAAGGAGAUUUAUAAAGACGAGACACGGCCAGGUAUCAAGGACAUGAAGGUAGUGAAGAAGUGGAUCAAGCAACUGGUAUCUGCAUUAGUGUAUCUUCAUGAUCACGGAAUAGUUCAUCGCGAUAUUAAACCCGAGAAUCUGCUCUUGCACGAUGGAGAUUGUCGAGUGUCAGAUUUGGGAUCAUCAAGACUGCACCAGCACUGUUGUCCAGAUUCACAUCAAAAGAAGAUAUCAGGUACUCCAGCCUAUACAUCACCUGAAGCAGUUUUAGGACAUAUUGCAUACGAGACGGGAGCCGAAGAUGUGUGGGGAGUUGGAUGUUGCCUAUAUGAGAUGAUUAUGGGGGAGCAACCAUGGAAUGAGAGCGAAGGAGUAUUUUCGAUUUAUUUUACGAUUGGUAUGUAUUUCAAGACGUAUAUGGAGAAGCGGAAUUUGAAUCAACGUAACUUGUUGGAUGAGAAUGGCAUAACUUUUCUUGAAAGUUGUUUGGAAUGGAAUCCGUACGAUAGAGCGUUAGCACAUGAGUUGUUGAAGAUGGAAUUUUUA